GUUCCGCUUGUGUGCGCGCCCGAGUCUGCGACACGUGUUCCUCGCACGUGCUGCACGCACGUGUACGUGUACGUGAGCACGAGCGCGCCUCUCGCGAUUAAACAUCGAUUAGUCCCCGAUACGAUGGAACGAUCGAACGGUGAGAUUCGCGAGAAACCGAACGACGUCCGAUGAGAAACACUACUGACACGCAACCAGUUUCUCUGUUAGGUUAUUCCAUAAUAAAUGUCGAUUUUCGAACGAUAUUUCCGGUGCUCGCCGCUAGAUGGACACGCGUAAGUAAUCUUCUCGCUAGUCCUCGCUCGGUAGUUCGUCACUGUACCCUGAAAUAAGGACCAUGAUAGGAUAAUGGCUUAAAUGGCUGGACGUUUUUAAGAAGAAAAUUCUAAGAAUUGAAAGGUAUUUAACGAGACGGAAAAAAGGUAAUAGGAUUCGUGAAAGAAGUUGUUCGAAACCGAUUCGAACAGUAAAACACACUCCGUUUCGCUUUAAUAAAUCCCUCGAGCAAGUCCCUUGGGACUCUACGGGUGGUUCGAGCGUCGAGGAAUCGCGAACGAUGGAUAGGGCGAAGAAACCCGCGAGUCGUCGUCGUCUACGAACAGCGGGUGGUCUCCGGUUCGCUGAAAACGCGAAACAGGAACAACAACUUUGCGAACCAUUUUAUUACCAGCCGUUACUCGAUAAUGUUCAAGCAGCAAUCGUAAAAAUGAUUAGACACUACGAAUUUAUUCAUACGAUAUCUCUGCUUUUGUUUUCGAGUUGACUCAGAUUCAUCGGCAUAUUGAAUUUGAUCCCAUCCUUAAUUAAGACUUCACUGCUCGGAGAUAUGGACCGUCGUGUAAACAAAUUGGAGGAGCUGAAACAAUGACCGACUGUGUCUCGUAAUCAGCUCGUGUGUUGUAAAUAAUUCGCGAAUCUUCUCUGUCCCGAAAGUUCGACCGUAGAUCCGCUGACGCGUGGAUCGUUUUUCGACUCGUCUGGUCUUCGUCUGGGUUAUUUCUGAUUAUCCCUUCCUAUCAAUUUUAAACAGCAAAUCGAUAGGUGAAUUUUGCUACAUUAGCAAUCAAGGGUUAACAACGUUUCGCCGUGUAUCGGCAUGUUGCGGCGAAUGGAUUACUCCGCGGAUCGGUCCAAUCUGCGAUUCGUCUCGGCCACGAUGCUUGACCCUUUCCCACGCUACUGGCCGUUCGACGAGGGAAGAAAUACUCUUCCAGGCUCUCAUUAACCGCGUACAGAAUCGUCGUAGUAAUCUCGGCCUCGCGAAAUGCUCGAGUUAACAAGCAGAAAAUCGACGUUUCCCGCGAGAAAAUCGAGCGAUAACUCAAUCCUCUGGCGCAGAGGUAAACAGAGAUUUCGUAAGAGAAAAGAAAGACAACGCGAUCGAGGGCACCUGUAUGACGAAGCUGUUCUCGUGCGAGCGAGUUCGGAAACGCGGCGUGUAAUGCAACCUUAAAGCUCACAAUGAGUUGGCCACCUACGGACGCGGAGUCGGUGAAAGAUGUUUCUCAUUGUCUCCGUCUGCUGUGGGAACGAAUUUUCGUCGAAAUCCAACGAGAUAAAGGAUUUCAUGAAUGAAGAAGGUUGUAGAUGUUCCUCGGAUGGGAUCCUUUCUAUUUUUCUCGGUUUCUCUUUCACCUUCCCGGAUCCUCCUCCCUGCUAUCGUCUAUUUUCUCUUUCACACGCGUUUGCGGCUUCCACGGAGCAUCUUAGCGAUCGGUUUCGAAAGGUGGAGCCUUUCUCCUCCUCGUCUCACCGCCCCCUUCCUCUCUUCGCUCUUUCUCUUUUCCACGCUCGCUACGGUCAUUUCUUUUCUUCCCUUCUAUCCACCGAAGCAGCAUUAUCUUAUAAUCGACCGAAUGAUUCUCCUGUCCGCUAGAAUGGCACGACCUGCUGAGCACACGUUUCACUUCGUUAAUGUCUGCCCGUGAGAGCGAAUCCGCUCGAUUUGAUGACUUCUUUCUCCCGCAAUCAUGUUGGACGUCAACCGAUGGAGCAACUUCUUCCGUUCCACGCGUUUUCACAUGGUGUCCAUCUCGAGCUCCGACUGUCACGGGGUUUCGGAAGUUGUCGCAAUGUUCGUUCUGAAGGGAAAAAAUUCGUAGGGGUGACUGGUUAUCGGGGAAGCAGGGGAAGUCGAGAGGUGGUCAGUAUCGAUUUGCCUGGUACCCCGAACAAUUCAUUUUUGUAUUCGUCUCACCUGAUCGCAACGUGUGCGGUCCGUGACGUCAUAAUUCGGGGCCCCUUCGAGGCGUUCCGCCCCCUUAAUGCGAGCCCCGACACCUCUCUCGACUCCGCGAGCCAGCACGCACUUUCCUCUUCUUCUCCUCCACCCCCUUACCCCGCGAUUCUUCUUCUUAUUCGCUUCGUCUCUUGCCGUUUCAACCGCGUCGAAGGGAAAAGGCAAGAAGACACGAGGGAAAGAUGAACGAGGGUGAAGGAGGGACUAACCGCGGCGCGUUGCAGCCUCCUCCUCUCGCCUCUACCUUCUGUGCUCUGCAGCCUCUCGUACCCCUUUUCCCUUCUCGUAGUGACCGAGGAUAGCUGGAUGGUAUAUACACCUGGAAGGCGGCCAAGGGGGAUAUAAUGGCUCGGUCGGACUUCACACGAUGCCGACCGGUACGUCGGCCUCGAGGAUGAUGCGCGCCACGGACAGGGAGAGACGGGGACGAAACGUUCCUCGGACCUCCGGGGGAGGACUUUCGGUUUGAUUUUGCGGAAGGAUCGCUCGUAUCUUCCAUUCAGCUGCAAAUCACUGGUGGCGAGUUUCAAUAAAAUUUGACGAACUCUGCGAAAGAGCAUUGGGUGCCCCCGAUUCACGAGGUGGGCGACGUGUGCGUGUCCCGCGACGGAACGCAGCAAGUGAAAAUAGAUGGAAGGUGGAGAGAAAAGAAGUAGAAGCGAGCGGAGAAGCUCGAGAGGAAGAUUAGGGUACUCGAAGGCGUCGGAGAGAAGCGGAGGACAGUGGGGCAUCUCGUGCAGAAGAGUCGGAGGGUGGGCACCGUUAGCCGGUUUUGUACGAGCAGCCUUCGCCGCUGUCAGCCCGCGGGGGCCUUAUUUCAAGACCGUACCGAAUCAGGCACGACAAUCGCUCUAAUAUCCACACGAAUGCCAUGCCGGAGGCCCUCGUGUUCCAACAGGCCUUCCUUCUUCUUCUCUUCCUUUCUACUCUCUAUCCAUCUGUACUCUUCUGCUCGACCUAACUCACCACGAGUGAGAGAUCUCUAUUCUUUUUUUCUUGCUGUCGUUACAAUUAAUACUGGCGUACUAGAUCAGUGAGAGAUCGCUGAAAGAAUCGUGAAACAAUACGAAGCUUCAGGUUUUACCUGUAUCCAUUAUAUUCUCUUUGUCGGAAGAGAAAGAACGUUUUUCGAUCAAUGAAAAAUCGAACGAACGAUUAGCGAUUGUUCGAUGGAAACGAAACGAUGGCCGGCGAUAAGAAGAAACGAUAUACGAUAACGAAUCCAUGGUCGGUGUACCGAACGCCAGGCAAGUAUGCGGAAAUGACGAUUAGAGGACCGUAAAACGAUUGGAAACCCAAGGGAUACGCGAGUAAAUAGAGGCAGGUUUCACGACAGGUUGGAAAGUAACGUUGAAAGUGUAGAUAAGCCUCGAAGGGUAUAUAUACACGAACGAAUCCUAAUCUCCGGUGGAUGGCAAUAAGGACGGCGAGGGUUUCUUUUACAAUCGGCCCCGGGGGCCAAUUAGAUCCAAAGUUCUUAAUCCGUUUAUCAGCCGCGCCACGGUGCACGAGCCUCUUUCAUCGGAACGGAUAAAAGAGCUUUCGAGUUCCUCGCCGAAGAUGCCUGAAUCCAAUCGCAAUGGAAUACCUGAGAACACAAUUUAUGCUUUAAUCGACUCGCUCUUUCGAAACGGCAGACUUUUUCAAUCUUCUUCGAAAAGAAGGAUAAACGGACUGACUUCCACGGGUGUGAUCGGAGAUAUCCGAUAAUUAACUCGUUACGGUCCUUUAUCUUCAAUCGAACGAAAUGCAUAUCAAAUAUUACACUUUCGUUUUGAACAAUCAGAAAUAAUUUUUUUUGGUGAUUAUUUUCAUUAGUUUUAACAAAGGAUACAUUUUGUAGAAAAUUAAGUGUGCCUAAAGUGGAAGAAAAAUCCACGAAUUUGAGCGAGGAUAUUUAGUCGAUACGAUCGUGCAGGCUCUGUGGAGGAACGAAGCCUUUGGAUGGUGGCGCGGUACCACGGUAUAAUAACAGAGCACCCCAGCCCCGACUAGCUGAUGACUUCAUUGAACUGGUCCCGGUUGGCCCGCGGGUCCAGGACCUCCCUGAAACCGCCUGGAAAUUAUAACGCCGGCCUGCGGCCAGGUCCGCUUUUGAUGCGGCCCAGACACGUUUCGAACAUUUAGUGGAUCCCUUCAGGCUUCCCUCGAACGGUCCCCAAUCCUCCUCUUCUUUUCCCUAGCCUCGAUACGUGUUUUUCGCGUCGCGCUUCCGCUUGUCACCACGCUUCCUCUCCCCGUUGCCACGCGUGCCCUGUUCCAGCUUCGGUUAAUAUAAUAAUGCGACGUAUCGCGAGGGACACGAGCGUUUCAUAAAGGAACGUUGGUCUAUAAACUGGCGACUUACAAGCACGAUCCGUUGAAAUACAAUCGCGAACACGCCCGCUCGUCUAUCCGUGUUCCAUAACCGGGGACGCGAACGUUGUUCCGUUCGCGGGAUUCUUUCGGAACGGUCGUUGUUUUACAUGGUUUAAAUCGCCGGUCCGUGGACGAUUCAUCGUGCCAAAAGCUGUGAGAACGGCGCGGAUAGACGUCGUGAUCGGGUUUCGAUCGUUGUAGGCCUCGUACGAGAAGAAAGCGGCAACGAUCGCAUAGCGGAAGAGGAACAAAGAGAACGGGCAAGGGACAAGUGGAGAACACGGGGCACGCGGAGUCGUUUAACCCGAACGGGUCAGCCAGGGUCGAGUUCCUCUUCCCUCUGUCCUUUCGAUCGAGAACGUAUCGAUUCCUAUGGGAAAUAGAAAGUGGCCACGUGGUGCGUACGUUUAGUCUAUGCGAAAUUUACGAGCGAACCGCCUCGUAAUUACCAUUGUGGAAACUCGAAGAGAAGGCAUCGAGGGACGCGGUGGAAAACGCAAGACAGCACGGCGAAGAGCGAAACUCAACCACUGCAGCUAUUUUAGUUUAAUUUAAUUUUGCGUUUCAAAGAGGCGGAGGAAGAGAGAGCAGAAAAGAGAAAGAUGAAAGCAUCGAAGCAUCUCGAGGCCAGUAUGUACGAAAGACCCCGUGAGCGGCGUGUAAUUGCUACGGAAGUUUAGCCGGGCAUCUGUUUACCCAGUUGGAUCGCGGCCUGUAAACGCCCAUUUCGAGAUCGUUCGAAUCGGUUUCCAUCUCGGCGCGAGCGCGCUUAUUACCCGCGGAAACUGGCUGCCGAUCGGUAUCUGACUCGCAUUAACGACGCUGCCACGACUGUUUCGAAACCGUUCGACACGGUGGCCUUCCAUCCUUCGGUAAUUAGGAACGAAACGUGAAUCGUGUAAUUAUUAGUUUCGAUAUCUACUAUAUCUGAAAGUUAUGCGGCUGGACGGUUCUCCUGGACGUUCUGAUAAGGUGACUCGAUGUCGAGAUUGAAGAUACCGUUGCUCGAGAGGACAAGCGAACGUAAUUAUCCGCGUUUAACAAUUUCACUAGGUUUCCGUUCUUCUCCCUUAAUUUACCUGAGGCAGCUGGAUGCACGGUCCGAAGCUACCGUGGGUCGCCGUACGUCCGGCGCCGGCCUAUCCAACGCGAAAUUCUUGGUCGGAAGGUGGAUGACGAGGAGGGGCAGAGGCGCAAUAAAUUGGCGAAACGUCAGGACGCAUAAAAACAGCCGGAUCCAGCUCGUCUCGCUGUUUCUUUGUCGUGGGACCGAUGACACGGCAUUGGUCCCCGGAGCAAACGCGGCUUUCGAUUCCACCACUUGGUCACGAGGUCCCGCUUCGAUCGUCUGAGACGCGGCCUUGCGAGAUUCCCGGCAAAAACUGUUUGCGGUUCCCUUCCAUUCUCUUCCUUCCUUUACCUCUCUGCUUCAUCCCGAUGUAUCCUUUACAAUGUGUUAUGUCUCUUCGAUUUCAAUUCCGAAUCCUUCAUUUUAUCUAGAACGUCCUACGAGUGAUGUACGUUGUGAAAAUGGUAAAUUCUAUUCGACUUCAUUUUUGAUAGCCUAUAAACGGCAGAAGAGUCAAAUGGUUCGGGGAACGAUGCACGGCUCUAUCGAAGCGGGUUCGUCACGCGUGCACGUCAGCGGGUCGAUCAUCUUCUUUUUUCCCCAUCUCUCCUUCUUUCGAUUCGUUCUCGUCAUAAUAGAAGAAUCUGUUCGUCGCUGGCCGCUUUGGUCCGCCUCUAUCGUUUCGAGGUGCACACCGGUGGCCGCCACCGGGCGGCACGCCGCUCGCUCUCGAGGUUCCCGGAGCAGGUUCUCAGGAAUUCACGACUCAUGCGACGACGACCGGGUGUCCGAGUGAAACGUAUAAUGGCAUUUAACGAAGAGGAAUCGUGGUAGCCGGGUCCGGCGAGCUUGCUCCAAAUUGCUAGGUCAGGCUAAUGUCGAAACGACGGCCGUGGACAGGGCCUGGUAUUGUUCCGACACCCUUCUCCGUCACGAUGGCUCGUGGGAACACGCCCGUUUCUUUUUUUUUCACUCUCCAUUAUCCUCUCGAGCACCCUCGCCUUGAUAUAUUUUCCUUGCUCUUUUGGGAAAGAACCACCUUCUUUCUCGUUUCACCGUUUCGAUCGGUAGACCGUGAUUUUCAUUUAGGAAAACUUUAUCGAAUCUUCUUGCGACGAUGGGUUCUCGCGAAUUAGCGUGUACCAGUGUCGGAGGAGGAUGAAAAAGGGGGCGAGAAAAAAAGGAUGAAAAAGAGGAGAAAAGGUGAAGAAGGUGGGCUAAAGGGAAGCUCUGCUCGUCUCUGAAAACUGGUCUGCUGGAGACGCGGUCUUAGCAGCAAAGAAGAGUCGAAGGAGCGGCAUUCCCCGGUAAUUAGUCUCACCCAUAAAUUACUGGCUAUUCCGUGUCUGUGUUGGUCACAACUCGGUAACGUCCUCCUCCUCCUCCUUCUAUCCUUCCGCUCGGUCUGCCGUCUAUUUCCUUCGCAACUCUUUUUUUCGCAUCUUUUCUCGUCCCUUCUUUCACAUUUUACACGGUGCCCCUGGUACGGCACCUACGAAAAUAAACGAUCCACCUCGACGAAUAUUUGUCCGAUCUUUACCCUGUCAUCGUAGUCGUCGACGACGACGAUCGAAGCGAUCUAGGUGCCAGAAGGUCUGAGCCUAUGGGAACGAGAAGGAACUCGUCUCUAUCGUGGGUCCAACGUGGCUGGUCUUCUGAUCCGGGAGGAUCUCUCGGGACCGCCGAAGAGGCAGAGGAUCCCGCUGCUAAAUGAGCUGUAAUACGGACCCCCGCUGACCCCCUUGCUUCUCACUCUUCUUUCGCCUUCUUCUUCCAGUCGGCCCGUUUUCCAGUCUGGUGGCCACCUCCUUCUUUCUCUCGAAACUACUUGCCCCCUCGGGUAGGAUUCGGCGGUCAUGAUACGGCCACACCGGACGAUUCCUUUUACCGUCACUCUUCCCGCUCCUUUUAUCGUUUCUCGUCUUUCAUCGUCGCUGUUAUCGAAUGAAAUUCUUCGAGAAUCUUUCCAAUCGACGAUUAACUAGCUGGAUCGAAAUCGAAUUAAGUAGAGAUGGAAAUUCAUUCGAUAAGACUUUCGUAUCGGUCGACGAAUCUGUCGGAUUACGUUCCCUCGAGCGCGAAACGGUUCUGGUCGCUUCUACGAAGUAACGGAGAACGGUCGUGACAUCGAGACCGAUCGCUCGGUCAACGAAGCAGUUGACCCGUGGCUCGGAGAUACGAGCGGGCCGAUCUGUCAAUUAGGUCAACCGUUCUCCAUGCUCGCUACCGGCGAACAGAGAAGCGGGGGGGGAAAAAGUGGAAGUACUCGGUAGGAUUUAUUUUCAGACGCUUACACCAUUGUCAUUGCCGUUUCGUUAUCGUGCAGCCUGCGUUUGAUAUACGCAACGCGAAAUGGAUUUCGUUAGGGAAUUGGAAGGAUGGAAAGAUAGCGGCGCGGUUGGAAGAAGCUGGUGCUCCCUCCGUGGGAGCCGUGGCGGCAUGGCAGGUUACAAGAAGCAGAGAGGAGCCGAGAGGUUCUCGUUCUCGUAGGAGAAGUUAAAAGAGGAAAAGAGGGGCUCGGUUGCGUCUCGUUGCCGCCGAGUGGCGCUCACCUGCCUAGUCCGCAACAGUCUCGUACGGUUCGCUCCGACCAGGAGCCUCGUCGCCGAUCACGGACCAACGAUUCUCUUCUCUUCUCUUCUCCUCCAUCCCCUACCAUCGACCUCCUUCUUCGCUUUCCACCUCCGCAACCAUCUCGCUAAGCCACGUGUCGUCAGCUUUUCGACCUACCCUCUAUCCUUUCCUACCCUUUCCUUUCCAUCACCUUUCACCUCCCUUCGCCCGUCCGCUUUGCCCUCUAUCAUCCCUCUGUCGUUUCGACGAUAAUCCAGGAUAAUUCGAUCGAAAUCGAUCCUUUUCUUCGGUCGAGUGGUGCAGUGAAGGUGGUACAGGUGGUAAGGUGGUCUUGGAAGGAGAACAGAACAGAAGAAGCAAGAAAAGAAGAGAAGAAGAAGAAGAAUGGUGGGGCUGCUGUCUUCUCUACUUCUUAGUACACUUUUCUGGUGGGGGUAAAGCAACACUCAAAGUUCGUGGUGACGUAGUUGUGGCAGGAACGCGACGCGUUUUUCUCCCAGGCCGGAAGAGACGAUAUCGUUGCUUCCUAGAUUCGACAAAAUCCUCGGCAACUUGUAGCGAGAGAUAAAAGGGGAAGGUAUCGAGAGUCGGAAGAAAGAGGUGGAAAGGCUAUGAAACGGUAGGGGAAGUUUCAGAGUGGGGGUAUAUCUAGUUCAAGAGACCGGAAGCGGAUGGUGUUCCGGAUGUUUCUCGAUUUAGUGAUAACGAAGAUACACGGUGCUUCCAAGAGCUUGCGAGAGUCAAAGCAAACCGAGAAAUUUGAUUGUUUUUCCAUCGUUUGGUGUAACAGGCUGGAAAGAGAAGAUGAGGAUUCGACGAGUCCGAUAUUUGCAUUUCACCGAAGCUCGUUCGCUUUGAUUUCGAGACCGAAGAAGAAAGAAGAAGGCGUGGAGGAGGAGAAAGAGGAAGUAGAGGGCUGUAGCGACGCCGAAGAAGAAGAAGAAGAAGAAGAAGAGGAAGAAAAGGAUCAUGCUUCAGUGAAGUGUCGGCAGAAGCGAAGAUACACGAGAAAGUAGUCGAGAGUGGACGGUCGAGGAGAUCGGGUGCUCGAUAAAGAAAUUUCUCUCUCUCUUGAGAUCGUGGAAAAAAGGAUCUUUGAAUAUUCUUUAAAGAACACGUAGCAGUGAUCUAAACGAGAGUGGCGUAAUUUCACGGCGAGUUUCGUAGGUCAGGAUUCGACAAGGUUCUUUCGUACGUCACAGAACGCGUUCGAUUUCCUUUCGCGUUCUCGGUUGGAGAACACAUCCGUCUUCCGGUAUCCAGCGACACGAACGGCCGGGAAGGAAAGCAAUUGUCUGAGGACUCGCACGGAGGGGCGGAGGGGAUGGAGAUGCGCCUCGUUCUCGUGGCGAUCUGCCUCCUUCUCGUCACCCCCAUCGCCGGCUCUUUCUGGACCGUUGGAAAUCAGGUGGUGAUGGACCCGUUGCUCAUCUGCAAGAAAACCAGGAGACUGAGGGGUAAGAUGGCGGAUAUUUGCCGGAAAGAGCCGUCAUUGUUGAAGGAGAUCGCAAGAGGCGUGCAAGUUGGGACCAGAGAAUGCCAAUAUCAAUUCAGGAAUCGACGAUGGAAUUGCACAACGAUCAGGAGAUCAUUGAGGAAGAUUUUGCUACGAGAUACCAGGGAGACGGGUUUCGUGAACGCCAUUACCGCGGCCGGAGUUACCUACGCGGUCACCAGGGCCUGCACCAUGGGCCAUCUGGUCGAGUGCUCUUGCGACAAGAUGACACCGAAAGGUAAUCGUCUGGGCAAACUGGCGCGUGCCAUCGACAUGGAGAAGAGUCUGCCUACGGAGGGUGACUGGGAAUGGGGUGGAUGCGGCGACAACGUGAAGUUUGGAUUCAAAAAAUCACGGGACUUCAUGGACGCGCCUUAUCGAAAACGCACCGACAUCAAAACUCUGGUCAAGCUUCACAACAACAACGCUGGUCGCCUGGCUAUCAGGAACUUUAUGAGGACCGAGUGCAAGUGUCACGGACUGUCCGGAUCGUGCACGGUUCGCACGUGUUGGCGGAAAAUGCCCCCGUUCCGUGACGUUGGGAACAGGCUGAAAGAGUCGUUCGACGGAGCGGCAAAAGUGAUACCGAGCAACGACGGGCACAGCUUCAUCACAGAGGGCCCGACCAUCAAGCCGCCCGACAGAUUCGAUCUGAUUUACAGCGAGGACUCGCCCGACUUCUGCAAGCCGAACCGAAAGACGGGAUCGUUAGGUACCCAGGGACGUCGUUGCAACUCCACCAGUCAAGGAGUAGACGGAUGCGAGCUACUGUGCUGCGGCCGUGGCUACGACACCAGGAUCGUCAAGGAGAAGAUCAAUUGCGAGUGUAGGUUCCGUUGGUGUUGCGAGGUCACCUGCAACACUUGUCUCGUCAAGAAGACCAUCAACACUUGUCGUUAGCAAUGAUUGGCGCAAUGGAUUUUUAGGUAAUUUCUGGUCCCCUCCCUGUUGUCAACGCGUGUUUUCCAUCAGAGUAUGUUUCAUUUUUUAACCGUUUCGUUUCAGCCAGUCUAUUUCUUUUCUUUUUCUAUAUUUCUGAAGAUUCGUCCUCCCUUAUCCUACCUUCCAGACUCUUAUUCGAUUACGCUGAUCCUUCCCGGACCUGAACAUCCUAAGAAAAGUGAUUCGAAUCCAGGUAUUCUGUGGACUGACUGAAACGAAACGAGAGAUUAAUCUGGACCGCAAAUGGUAAGAAAUGUUCAUCUUUCGACGUUUGAUGAUUUCGCGGUUAGGAUAAGCGUUUGUAAUAUAGAUAUCGCGAAUCGAUUCUGAAAAAAGAAGGCUGCGUCUAGUUUUUGAUUCGAGGAGCGAUCAUUGUCGUCGUUCGAAGCUUUCCAGGUAUCUCCAGCUAUUCGUUGAAGCGUUUCCGGUCGCGUUCGUCGCGCGUGGAACGUUCGUAGCUUUUCUCGCUUUUCGUCCAGUUUGUCGGCGAAUUUUCUUUGCGCUUGCAAAAUCUCUCCAUGAUUUUUUUUUUUUUAUAUUAAUAUUAUUCUUUCUGUGUUUGUUUGUUUGUUUUUUUUUCUCUCUUGUAAAUAAGACUGAAUCGACGAAAGUUUAUAUUGUGCCAGAAUAAAAAAGCGUGUA